AUGGCUCCUCUCAUCUUAACAUGGUAUUCAGAGCGUAGUCCUAGGCCUGUUGUUCCUCCACACCUUCCCUCCUCCUCAACAUCCUCCUCUCAAUUGCUCAACUGCACACUCUUCCCAACUCUCCCUCCUCCUCUUGUUUCUCCCUUCAGCGGCAUAGCAGCAGACUUCUCCACCGCUAUCCCUCCUCCUCUGGUUUCUCCCCUCAUCGGCGCAGCAGUAGAUUCCUCCGCCAUUUUCCCUCCUCUGGUUUCUCCCCUCAUCGGCGCAGCAGCGGACUACUCCGCCAUUUUCCCUCCUCCUCUGGUUUCUCCCCUCAUCGGCGCAACAGCAGACUACUUCGCCAUUUUCCCUCCUCUAGUUUCUCCCCGCAUUGGCUCAGCAGCAGACUACUCCGCCACUUUCCCUCCUCUUUUUUCUCCCCUCAUCAGCUCAGCAGCAGACUACCCCUCCCUUAUUCUUCCGCCUCUUAUACCUCUCCCCACAUCUGCUCUGCAGCUGUUUUCUCCUCCUCAUGGCGACCUCUCUCGCCCUCCCCUCCCUCCCUCUGCUGGUCCUUCAGCUUGCGCCCGAUGGCAUGGCUUUAACCUCUGGUUUGUCACUCAGCAGAGUGGUUCUGGCGACAUUCCCACCUCUCCCUCUGGACCCACCUCUUCCUCCUCUGACCCCUAUGCUGAUGGCCUCCGUGCUGCCAUUGCUGACACUGAGUGGCUUGUGACCACGGCGCAAGCCACCGCCACGGCUGCUCCUGACAAUGCUGCUGCCCGUGACUUAGCUCGAAUUCUUGUUGAGUCCCUCGAGAGCACCCGCAAGCGCCUUACUGAGCACCUCGCUGCCCCUUCUCCUCGCUCUGUGUCUACGCCCAUUUCCUCUGCUCCAUCUCACUCUAACCUUCUUGCUAACUCGCAUGUUGCCAACGCACGUGCCUGUCUGGUCAUCCUUGCCUGCCUCCCUCCAACUCUUCUCCCUCGGUGCUCGCACAUCCGCUAUGCCAAGGACCUUCUCGACUAUCUUACCAAGCGCUUCCAGUCGCAGACUCCUAUCAGUGUCAUUGCCCUCUUACACGAGCUCACCUCUCUUCGCCUUGCUGAUUUCACCACCAUGGCGGACUACAUCGCUCGUGUGCAGACACUGUCCUCCCAACUUGCCUCUCAAAGGUUUGAACUUUUCGAUCAUGUGUGCGGUGCCCUCCUCACAGGCCUCACUCCUGAAUACAUUGUUCAUGUCACUCUGUAUGGAGCUGGGGAUACCAUGACCAUGACUUGCACUGCUACCUCCUCUCUUCCUUGUCCUGCCUCCCCUUCUGGUGCUGAGACUGGCCUCUAUGUCCCUUCCUGCCGCCACAACCUUCUCUUUCUCUCUGCUCUUCAACGUCUUUGUGUGCGAGCUAUCUUUCCUGAAUGUGACUCCUAUGGUGAUCUCUAUCAUCGCAACCGCCAUCUUGCACGCUUUACUCUUUCCCCUAAUCAUUCGGUGGGCUGA